CAUCCUAUAGAAACCAAAGGUCUAACAAUGCGGACGGAACAUCAUUCAUGUACAAUUGAAGAGGAAACAUCAAAGACCGAAAAAAUACAAACAUCUAAUGCCAACCUCAUUAUAUCUGUUAUCGAAACAUCACAGAGAGGGAAAGAACUUAAUGACGCCCAUCAACGUUUGCUAACAUCACUUGGUGAAAUUGCAGAUAGCAGAGGCACGUGGAUAAUCAGCUUUAGUACUGAAAACGAAGCCGUUGAGUACCUGGAGGUGAAACAAAGCAGUUCCAAGGCUUACGAGAAACCAAUUGAAUAUUUUGAAAAGUCGUUUGGUGACGGCAUUCUUGUACUGGAUCAUGAUGACAACAAUAGUGUACACUCAACCAAACACUCUUACCUGCUAAUGAGAGGUGUCGAAAGCUUCGACUGCAAACGUAAGGACCGUGACAAUUUAGGAUGUGUUGUGAUUGUUCUCGGGGUUGAUGUGUCUGUAUUAAAGAAGGCACUCUACGCUGUUACCCACGGCAUCCCGGUGGUUUUCAUACAAGGAUCGGGAUCAGAAGCUGACUUGAUUGCAGCAUGCAUUAAUCAAAAUGAACGUUCGACCGACAAUGCCAAAGAAGAAUGCGUCCAUUUGCUCAAAGACAUUCUCGAAGAAACAAAAUAUGUAAACAUUUACUCUCAAUCAGAAACGACUGACAUACAAUAUGCCAUUCUAUUAGCUCUCAAGAAAGCACACCAUAGCACUUCGAAAUUGCUGCUAUCUCUUGCUUGGAGAUGGAACGAAUUCGAUUUUGCUCAAAACGAGAUACAGUUUCCAGAUCCGAUGUCUGCAUGCGAUGAAAUCACAUCUUUGACACAUGUGACCAAUGUCACAAUUGCUGAUACCCUGUUCGAAACAUUGUGCAAUGAUCAAGCGGACUUUGUCAAACUGCUGCUUCCAACAGAAUUGAACGUAAACUACGAAGAUUUGGAGAAAUUAUAUAGCGAUGUGCUGGGUGGCAAUGCAGAAAGUGACACAAUAAAAAUGUUUAUUAAAAAACAGCUGCACUGGAUACAGCCAGACGAAGACACAUAUCAGUCAAGAACGCCUUAUGAAUUUCCGUUGUUGUCGAGGGUUGGAAACCUCUUGAAUGCUCAGUUCAACAAUAUGGGCAACCCGUAUUCCGACCAAAAAAGGCCGAUUGGUUUUGUAGACCUUUUUCUCUUUGCCAUACUAUUUAACCGUCAACGGCUUGGAGAGCUCAUGUGGAAACAUUGUCAAGACAAACUUGGCACAGCCUUGGUUGCAAGUUCAGUCCUGAAAGCAUUUGCAAACACAGCGGGACGUUGUCUGGAAUCAGAACUGUCAACGGAUCUCAGAAAUCAUGCCAGGGAUUAUGAACGAAAAGCAAUUGGUGUGCUCACAGAAUGUUACAAGAAAGACAAUAAGAAGGCCCACGAUAUAUUGAUAAAAACACUCGAGAAACCAUUUGAUAAAAUAAGGCCGUUAGAGUUGGCGAACAGUAAUUACCUCAAGGAGUUCAUGGGACACGAUUGUUGUCAGACGAAACUCAACAUCAUUUGGAGAGGAAAAAUUACAGUUGAUAUGCCCUUGUGGAAGAUCCUCCUGGCGCUUUUCAUGCCAAUUUUCAUAAUUUUGAUCAAGUUCACCACGAAAAAUGGACCAUGUAAACCUAAGACAUUGUGCUGCAAAAAACACAAAAAGCAAAAAGAAUCGCAUAUAGAACCGGAACUGGAAAUGACUAUGAAGGGACCGGAACAGGAACCGGGCAUGAAGGAACAGAAACGGGAACCGGAACGGAGAAAAAUGGACUUCUAUUUAAAGAAGUUUCCAUCGUCAAAGCCGCAGUUGUAUCCUGUUGGUAUUUUCCGCAAAAACCAAGAGGGAAUUAUACGCUUUACUGAUGCCAUAUAUCAUUUGUACACAGCGCCUUGUUCAGUGUACACUUUUAACUUGCUGUCCUAUGUGAUUUUCGUUAUAUACUUCUCUUACUUCAUCAUCGUCGACCUGAAUGAGGAAGCUUCCUUUAUGGAGUACACACUCUGGGGCUGGGUCCUCACAAUGUUCUUUGAGGAAACGAGAGAGUGUGUCAAGAUGUGUCAGUGUGAUGGACUCAUGGGUCGAAUACAAUAUUGGUUUGGAUCACAGUGGAACAAGUUUGACGCGAUCUUAUACUUUUUUUUUAUCACGACUAUUGCGACGAGAUAUAGUCUUUCAGGAAAUAACUUUCAGUAUGUCCGCUUUCUAUACAGCCUCAACGUAGCACUGUACUCCAUGCGGUUUCUACAGGCAUUUCUUGUUGCCGAAAAGUUGGGUCCAAAAUUAAUUAUGUUAAAAAAAAUGAUGUUCGACCUGUUUAUUUUUGCGGGGAUCUUCAUUGUCUUUUUUGUCACCUUUUGUGUUAUGUACCAAGCCAACCUGUACCCAAACUCUCCAAACUCUCGCACUUUCAUCUGGGACAAGUUCUGGCACACACCAUUUUGGCAGAUCUUUGGGGAGCUCUUUGUGGACGAAAUUGGACGAGGACCAUUGUCUGCAAAUUGCACAACAGAUGAGAGCGUUUGGAGACCGCAAGGCGGAACAAAUCGCUGUCCAACAGGCACCUACAUGGUUGCGUUCAUUGGGGCCAUUUACAUGAUUUUGACUCACAUAGUUCUCAACAAUUUGCUGAUUGCAAUGUUUAGCCACACAUUCGCAAAUGUUCAGGAGAAGUCGGGCCAUAUUUGGAAGUACUACUGUUACGGAAUUGUACGUGAAUAUUACACCAGACCCGUGCUUUGUCCUCCUUUGAUAAUUCUGGUUCACAUUUAUCGUACAUUACGAUAUGUGAGGUUUCGUUGUGGAGAUUGCGUGUACGACAACGAGUUUCGACUAAAGGACAAAGAAGGGUUUUACAGUAAACAUUUACUGAAAUUUGCUGAUGCUGCAGCUAAACGGUGUAUUAAACAGAACAAGAACGCACAAACACAAGAAUUUUAAAACACGCGGAAGAAAUAAUAUACAUGAGCUUGAAGCAAUAAUAUACACGACCUAAAGUAAUGAUAUAAACGAACGUGAAGCUAUGACAUGCAAUUCUAACAAAAAUGAUACUCCAGCUGCAACAGCAGGAAACCAACUUUAUUAUAGCAUAUGGUAUUUUAUUUAUAGGAGAUUAUCAAUUUGCCAUAAAGUGCGACAAGCACACUCGCACAACGCAAUUAAAUGUGUGUUUUUUAAUUAUCAUUACCUCUUCAUCACUUUAUAAAGCCAAAAUUUGUGUUGUGUAUAUAUACAAAAAUCGUGAUUAGUGAAAGAGCAUAGUGGUUCUCUUUGUUUCUUAAAAAAAGAAUCGCAACGCCAUGGAAUCACAUUUGAUAAUGCGAUAAUUUGUGUAAAUUGUGUGUUAUGUAGUGUAUAUGCAAUUGGUCUUUAUCAUAAAUAAUAUUCCAGUAAACGUUCAAAUAGAAUUGCUAUCUUAGUAGUGUAAGUGUAGUUUUUAGUUAUUAUUCGUAUAUUUUAAUAUACUAUAAAUACUAUUAUUAAAACACAUUUUACUAGGAAUGAUUUUAACAUGAUUGUUUAUGUAA